CCGGUUAACCAAACCAGUCGGUCUCUUCAAAACAAGAUGAUGAUCGGAGAGAGAAACAUCUACGCACAUCCGACGGUCCACGUCCCACCGUGGCCCCUAUCCGACGAUCCGACGGCUGACAUCUCCUUCACCUACUCUCUCAACCCCAAUGCCGACGACUACUCUCCGUACGACGCCUUGACGGAGCUGUACCACAACCUCCCCUCAAACGACGUCGUCGACUCACUGGACUACGACGAUUCGGGGCAUGGGUCGGAUCUUUCCAUCGACGCCUACUCGGGCGACCAGUUCAGGAUGUUCGAGUUCAAGGUCCGGAAGUGCACCCGGGUCCGGUCCCACGACUGGACGGAGUGCCCGUUCGCCCACCCGGGCGAGAAGGCCCGUCGCCGCGACCCGAGGAAAUUUCACUAUUCGGGCACGGGCUGCCCGGAUUUCCGCAAGGGGAGCUGCCUGAAGGGCGACGCGUGCGAGUACGCGCACGGGGUUUUCGAGUGCUGGCUGCACCCGGCGAGGUACCGGACGCAGCCGUGCAAGGACGGGAUCCGCUGCCGCCGCCGUGUCUGCUUCUUCGCCCACACGCCGGACCAGCUCCGGGUCUUGGGCCCGGUGGAGUCAGGGUCGAGCGGGUUGGGGUCUACUGGGUCGGUUUCGCCGGCGGCGUCUGAGUCGCCGCCGUUUUCGCCCAUGACUGGUGGCUCGCUUCUGAGUCGGUCUCUCGGUUCGAACUCGGCGAACGAAAUGCUGACCGCCAUGCGCCAGUUGCGGCUCAACAAGAGAGGUGCUUUUGGACUCGGGUCGCCGGGGUUAUCCAUUGCCCGACCCGGUUUCUGCAGCUUGCCGACUACCCCGACUCGGUCCAUGGCCCGGUCGGGGAUGAGGCCGUUUGAUCUGGAGGAGGAACCUGUGAUGGAAAGGGUGGAGUCGGGUAAGGAUCUAAGGGCCAAGAUGUUUGAGAAACUAUGCAGGGAGAACCCUUUGGAUCGGGUCAACCCGGAGGAACCUAAUCCGGGUCCAGAUGUUGGGUGGGUUUCAGAGCUGGUAAAGUGAAGUGGUUCUGGUUCUGGUUCUUUUGAAUGGUUCCAAUUGUUUUGGGGUUUUAUUUUGUGGUAUUUUGGUUCCUCUCUCUGUCAUCUAAUGUGCAUAUUGGGAGAGGAAGGUGGGAGAAUCAUUAGGAAAAGUCUCGAACACGCUUUCCAGACACACCUCCGCACACAAUUGUAUCGAGAACUGUUAGAUGCAAGGUAGACCGACAUGCAUCGAUUGUAUCCAGUAAACUGCUGGAUAAAGCUGUGGGACCUACAUGCAUCGAAAUUAUUCUGGAUACAAUUGCGUGCAGAAUUGUGAUUUUGGAAAGUUGUGUUCUGCUCUUGGCGUAUAGUAUAUAUAUCAUUUUGGGAACAAAAAAUUUGAAGAUUCUGUGUAUAUGUAAGUGUAAAGUGGGUAGCAGAUUAUGGAAGAUAAAAAGGAGGAAGAAGAAGAUUAGGAAUCUCUUUUUUUGGGGAAUUUUCGGUAAAAAUUGAAAGGGACUUGGGGACACUCUUUUGUAUAGACCAAGACAAGAGACAUGGGCUGCCUAAGAAAAGCGGUAGAGCAGGCGGAAACCUGGUUUUCUCCCUUUUCUUGUUUUGGCUGUCUCAUGUUACUCAUAUCUAUUUACUCAUUAAUCAUGUUGUAUAAACCUUGAUUUCUGCUAAAUUAUGUGUUAAUGUAAUUGAACAGAGUCUAUGUUGUUUAA